AUGAUCACAGGCGGCUCAUCCGGCAUUGGGUUCGCCAUUGCAGAGCGAUUUCUCCAAGAAGGUGCCAAGCGCAUCAUCCUCGUUGGCAGAUCCCAUGAACGGCUUGUCAACGCUGCCUCCAAAUUAGAGGCGCCUACAUCUGGGGACGCUUUCUCUGCCGUCGAAUCACGCGGUGAUAGCAUCAUUCGCGAAGUAGCAACUAAAGCCCCAGAAACAGAUCAACAAUUCCAAAACAAAGAUACGGAGGCAAAGUCACAAGAUACACUGAUCGACUCGGGUCGAGUCAGUCUCCUCGUCGGCGAUGUAUCACAAGCCGGGACCUGGCUGCGCGAUUUGGAGAAGGCAAUGCAACCGGUAGACAUCCUCGUCAAUGCCGCAGGCAUCUCCAUCUCGAACAUCCUCGCCAAACUUGAACCGGACGAUAUCUCCCGAGUCCUUCGCACGAAUCUCGAGGGCGCAAUGCUAACCUCGCGUGCUCUUGUGCGCGCCUCGAUCCGCAGUCGGAUAAAGAAUCGCGGCACCUCCAGCACCUCUGAAAUACGAGUCCCCUCAAAAUGCAUUAUUAACAUUUCCUCCCUGCUUGCUGUCAAGGGAGGCACCGGCGCGGUACCAUAUGCUGCAUCCAAGGCUGGCAUCCUUGGACUGACGCGCUCGUUGGCUGUGGAAGCUGCCMAUUCCCUCCGAGGUGUUGUAAUUCGUUCCAACGCGAUAGUCCCGGGGUAUAUAGAAACGCCGAUGAUUGCUGAUUUCAGCGAGGGCGAAACCUCCAGACUGAAAGACAGUGUUCCUCUUCGGAGGUUUGGUACUCCGCAGGAAAUUGCCGAUGCGGCUGUGUUCCUGGCGCAGAAUGAAUACGCGAACAACUGCGUCCUCAAUCUGGAUGGUGGUUUGAGCGCGGUCUGA